CAUACAAAAUCUUUAGAAUUUCUAGGUUCUGUGUGACCAGAACCUAGAAAUCAUCAGUCAAGCUGAGUUACUAGAGAUUUUUAAAACAGCUGUUUCAAACUAAUUUUUUGUAGUCUUAUUAUUUGUAUUUCGAUAUUUUUGUAAAAUUUUGUUACAAUAAUAACGAUUCUCUAAAAAACCACUGUCUUAACAUACUGACGUUCAUUUUGAAGAAAUCAAACAAAUGGCUUUCAACUCAGUGAUGCCUGAUCAAGAAUUCUUAUUAAAAAUAUUCGAAAAAGUAGACAAAGAUAGAAGCGGUCACAUAACAGCGCAGGAAUUGCAACAAGCACUUACCAACGGGACAUGGGCUCCGUUCAGAACGGAAACUGUUCAACUGAUGAUAGGCAUGUUCGACAAGCAAAACCGAGGAACAGUUUCGUUCCAGGAUUUUGGAGCACUUUGGAAAUAUGUGAUUGAUUGGCAACACUGUUUCCGUUCUUUUGACAAGGAUGGAUCGGGGAAUAUCGACAAAAAUGAACUUCAAACCGCCUUGCAAACGUUUGGAUAUCGAAUUUCCCAACAGACGGUUGAAGCGAUUGUAAGAAAGUUUGACAGAUUUGGCAACAAUACCAUACUAUUUGACGAUUUCAUACAGAUGUGUAUUGUAUUGCAUACAUUGACUGCAUCGUUUAGACUGCAUGAUCUGGACCAAGACGGUGUUAUCACAAUAAAUUACGAGCAGUUUAUUGACAUGGUGUUCAACAUAAUGAUGUAAUAGUACUUUACGUCACAAGUCCGGUAACGAUAAUUUACCGCAUAAGUAUGAUUGUUUCUGCCCGAAACGUAGUUGAGGGCAGAAUUAUCAUACGAAUGCGGUAAAUACGUUACCGUACAAGUUACGAACAAUAUUUUUUGUCAUAUUUAUCUGAGAAAGAAUGAUAUUGCUGAGAAACAGAAACCAUUACCUGCUUAUGCUCGAGUUACUGCAUUUUAUAAACAUGACCUAGCCCGUAGCACCUAGUUCAUAACAGACAGA